UCAACGCCCGCGUAUGACUAAUGCUUGAUCAGGGAGUCUCCGAUGUGUGUGUAUACAUAUGUAUCUAUAGAUAACAUACAUGUCUAUUUGUGUUUCUGUAUAUAUAAUUAUAUAUACAUAUAGCAACACCAAAGACCAGUAUAGUACGUACUCCAUCAGAAACGCAGAGUAAUUAUCGAGAUGUUCAGAUCUUUCCUUCCAAAACUCUUAGAACUCCCACCACCUCAGAUCGACUUCGGCUUGGACUUCCGUAUUAUAGAAAGUGUCGGUGGCCGUGUGUACAAGGCAAUACAUGAUUCUGGAAGAAUUAUUGCUGUUAAAAAGAUUCAAAUUCCAGAAGAUGGUUCAAAUGAGAACCAGAUUAAGAAGCUGGAAGAUGAAGUGAGGAAUCUACAAUUGCUGUCUCAUCCAAAUAUUGUUCAAUAUUUGGGAACGAGGAGAGUGGCGGGAUCUUUGUGUAUCCUGAUGGAAUUCUGGGGCAAAUCAGACUGCUCGAAGGAACUAAGACUGUUCAACGAGACAAAAACAAGAAGAUUCACCAUUCAGUUGUUGCAGGGACUACAAUAUUUACAUGAACGUAAAAUCGUGCACGGGAAUAUUAAGGGAAGAAAUAUCCUGGUUGAUGCUUUUGGAGACAUUAAGCUUGCUGAUUUUGGUCUAUCAGCACAUUCAAACCUUUUGGGCGCUCAGUCUUCAUCUGGAUACAGACAUUCUGUUGAAAUCUUUCUUCCCCCGCCUCAUCUGGACCCAUUUGCUGAUAUAUGGUGUGUUGGGUGCAUUAUGAUUGAGCUGACCACCGGAAAGGAUCCAUGGCGAAGAGAGAGCUGGUCGAAUUAUAUUUUGCCUAAGAAGUUUUCUUUUCAUGCGAAAAACUUUUUGCAAGAGUGUCUUCAAUGGGAACAACAAGAUUCGAGGCUACCCACAUUUGUCUUGCUUCAGCAUCCAUUCUUAAAUCCUGCAUCAAUUGAGGUCCGACCUACUCAACUACUUCCGAGGGAAAGCUUAGUUGCUGAAGUGCUAUAUUGUACCUCACCUUCACCAACUUACGCAGCUGUUGGUGGAGAUCAUUCUAGAUUGAUGCUAGAUCAGAAUAGCAUUUCAGGAGAUGAGGGAGCUGCUGAACCUUCUCAUACUGCUGAACCUCCUAUAAUGCAGAGACCUAAUCAAGCCUUUGCACUUCAACAUGGUGCCGGAGCUCCUGUCAGUUUAACUCUUAGUUCCAAUGUUGGAUCAACUCCCAGUACUUGUCCUAAUAUUAAGUCCAAUACUUCCGACUCCAAAUCUAUUUCGACACUUGUUCCUAUUCUCGAUCCAAAUAGUACGUGCUUCCAAAAGGAGGCGUACGUACGUACACGUCGAUCCGGGUUCCUUAAGUUCUUGUGUUUUUAUUCUCCCUAAUAAUAGAUCUCCCCCUCCUCGUUGGAUAUUUA